UUCGGGCGCUCUCCAGUCUCGCGACCGUCGGAGACCCGGCGUAACUCGAGGCGCGCGACGAUGGGCUUCUUCAGCCCUUCCAAGUCUGGCAAGGCCUCCGCGACGGCGCCGCCCCCGGUCGGCAAGCCACUGCACCUGCUUCAGUACGACGAACGGACCAAAAAGUUCGAGCUCGGCUCCGAGGCGCUCGAGGCGCUGCGCCAGAUCCGCGGCGACGUCGGCGUGCUCGCGGUGUGCGGGCGCGCGCGUCAGGGCAAGAGCUACAUCCUCAACCAGCUGUGCAGCGCCGGGAACGACGCGGGAUUUAAGGUGGGUCCGACCGUCCGGCCGUGCACCAAGGGGCUGUGGAUCUGGUCCGCGCCCAUCCGGCGCGUGGACCCGGUCACCGGCAAGGCGUUCCACGUCGUGCUCCUGGACACCGAGGGCAUCGACGCGUACGACCAGACGGGCCAGUACAGCACGCAGAUCUUCUCCAUGGCCGUGCUGCUAUCGUCCCUGUUCUGCUACAACCAGAUGGGCGGCAUCGACGAAGCCGCGCUCGAUCGCCUCUCCCUCGUCACCGAGAUGACCAAGCACAUCCGCGUCAGGUCCGAGACUGGCGCCGCCGCCCCGGGCCGCGGCGGCGUCCGCGAGCUCGGCGCCUUCUCGCCGUCGUUCGUGUGGCUCCUCCGGGACUUUUACCUCGACCUGAACGACCCGGACAGCGGCGGUCGCAUCUCCGCCGCGGACUACCUCGAGUCGGCGCUGAGAAACGUCCCGACAGUCGACGGGGGAUCGACCGGCGCCGUCGCGAAGAACGCCAUCCGCGAGUCCAUCCGCGGGCUCUUCCCCGAGCGCGAGUGCUUCCCGCUCGUCCGCCCGGUAAACGACGAGAAACAGCUCCGGAACCUGGACGCCGUGCCCCGGUCGCAGCUUCGACCGGAGUUCAUCGCGGGGCUCGACUCGCUCGUCGAGUUGCUCUUCGAUCGGUGCCGCGCCAAGCGGGUGGGUUCCGACGUCCUCAACGGCCCCGCGCUCGCCGCCAUGGCGACGCAGUACGUCGCCGCGAUCAACGCCGGGGCGGUGCCCGCGAUCGCCACCGCGUGGCAGAGCGUGGCGGAGAGCGAGUGCGGCAAAGCCGUCGAGGAGGGCGAGUCGGCGUACGCCGAGGCGUUUUUCGCAUCCGCCGACUCCUGUCCCGCGGAUGACGCCAAGCUCUCGGCGUGCCACGAGCGCGCGGUGGAGCGCGCGCGUCUCGCGUUCGAACAGCGCGCGGUGGGCGACACCGAGACGCGCGCCGCGGCGUGCGCCAAGCUGGAACACGCGUUAAAGGUCCGGUUCGGGGAGUACCGCGAGAAGCGCCGAGCGAGCGCGGCGGCGCGAUGCUCGGAGCUGCUCGCCGCCGCGGCGACGCGGGUGAUGGGGUGCGCGAACGCCCCGGACGCGAAAAUCGCGGACGUCCUCAAGCGCAUCGACUCCGAGGUGGACGCCUACCUCGGAGAGGCGGACGGCCCGAGCGCGCACGAUCGCCUGUGCGUUUUUUUGCGC